UUAUGGCAUCAUGCUUCUCUUCAAAAUUCUGCCCAGUCCAUGACAAAUUGAAUAAAUUCCAUUUUAAAUUUGACCAAAAAUUACCUGUGAAAAUGAAAUUCUUGUGGUUCGUAGUGAAUUUUUUAUUACUUUACACGCCGACGGCGUUCGGCAAUGCGCUUGAUGAUAUGCGAAUAGCAAGCCUCAUAGACCCCACCAACGUGCAUCCAUCAAAAAUCAUCGAUCCAAAAUUUCUCUCCAUGCUCGGUGCACAUGCGGGAAAUAUCGAGACCCCAAGGCAAUCGAUGAAAAUCCACGACGAGAGCCCUAAGGUCAUCUUAAAGGGAAAGGACCACGAAGAGGGCCAAUCGGAAGCACAUGUCCCAUCCGGAGAGAAAGUGUCGCAAGGGAUCCAUGUCUCGCCUCAUCCCAAUGACAGAGAGGAAAGCGACCUUAAAGGAACGGCAGCGAAACAAGGAAAAGAUGAAGAGAAGUCUGCGGAGGAGGACACUCAUGAGCCGAAAGCCAGUAACAUCCAUGAAGAAACCAUGGGGCCGCACGAGCCGGAGAAUGAGAGAACAAGCUCUGGAGACUACAGUGCAAGUUCAAACCAUGGAGGUCAGCGCGAAAACGAAGAGCCCAACGUGACCAGGAACCGGUUCAACCAAGCCCAACCUCCAUCCGAACCGGAAGUGAUGACCGAAAGAGCGACGACGGAAGAGAGCAACCUCACCGGAAAUCGAUACGGUCAGGAUCGCGAUCUCUUCGAGUCGGACGGUAGCUCGAAGAAUGGUCCCGAGGAGAGCAGUUUGCAUGGGAACAAGUACUCUCAGACGAUAGAGCACGCGAAACCGGUAUCCAGGAUUCCUCCUUCCGGUAACGUCUCGCAGGUUGCGUCCACGACACAACCCACGACAACGCCAGCAGCGACUCAUCCGACUGCGAACGCAAGUAUGGCAGCGAUUGCCAAGGACGGCCCCACGUCGGUCCGGAAGAAUCCUCCGGAACUGAAGGAACCGACUCCCGGACCCUUCGGGCUCAUGGACCUCGCGAACCUACCGGCCGGCAGCUCUCCGGUCCACGUGCGAGCCCAACCGCUCCCGCACUCGCACUCCCACUUGGUCCAAGACGACGAAGUAAGCGGCGACCCGGAUCAAGAGAUCGAACCCAUCAGAGCGUUCGAUCUGGUAAAGAGGAAGCACAAACACCCGGCGGAGAAAAAACCCAUCUCACGUCCUCUAAUGGUAACCAACGGCAAGAGAUUCAGACCCGUCGCGAGUCACGGAUUCUUGGCUCUCCCAUCGGCGCAGGUCACGAGCACGCGGGCUCCCGAGGAAUUCGAGCUGACCCAAACACCCGGAGACAUCGCUAUCGACGAGGUCUUCGAAGAGACGAACCUAACGGGCUCCAGAUUCCACCAGGGAACCGGCGACAACGCGCCGAGCGACGAGACCAUCGUCACGGACAUCGUCACGGAGGAGACCGAUCUAACCGGCUCCAAAUACCGUCAGACCCCCGACAAUUCGACGAUCUCCACGACGGAGGACACGGAUCUAACGGGGACGAGGUACCACCAGGACAACGCGAAUCACUCGUGGGUCAACUCGCCCGAAGUCGAGAACUCGAGCCGCGGUCAGGAAGAGGACGGGGACGGCGGAAGUCCCUUGACCGGGAACAAGUUCGACCAAGGGAUCAAACUCCCGGAGUCCACCACGACAUCGACCACGACCACGACGACCACCCAGGCCACCACGGUGAAAACCUGGCAGCCGCCCGAUGAUCUGAAACUGGUCAACGACGAGAAGAAACAUCAUGAAACGUUGGGAAGGAAGUCGACGAGUAGUUUUUUAUACGGGAAUGCGAGGAGAGUAGAGGCGAUGCAGGAGGGAAUGAAGAAAGGAGAGGAGGCGAAGAGGGAUGAGGCGACGAAGAAGGAGGCGAAUGAAUCCUGGCUGCAGAAGAAUCGUGUGGACGCAGAGGAGGAAACCACGAGGACGAUGACUACGACGACUACUUCGGAGAAACGGGAAGGACAGGGAAAAGCGGCGGGAAGGAUAGAGGAAUCCAAAACCAGAAGCAGGACGAGCGAUCCGGAAGUCAAAGACCGGAACUAUGGAGACGAGGAGAAUGUUGCAAGGAACCCUGAUGAGGAUCUACCGGCGGACGAUUCUGAGGGCGAUGUGGACAUUCCUUCAGUGACGAAGUCGCAGAAAGACAAGGCAAAAAAGGAGCCAAGCGAGGCUAGGAAAGAGAGCCGAGAGGAGGUAAAACCUCUGGCUGAAAAGCAACAAAAUAGACCGAUAGAGGUGCACACCCCGCGAGCGGCACCAACGAGAAUGGAGGCCUUCGCGCAGGACAAACCGGAAGCGGUGGACAUCAGUGAGAUCCCUUACCUGGCCGUGGCCGUAACUCGACUUAACCGGACCCGAGAGAAGAACCUCCGGUGCACAGGGGCCAUCCUCAACGAGUACCACGUCUUGUCGGCGGCGCAUUGCUUCUUCGAAGAUGGCGAAGUCGUCCUCCCUUCCAGAGUGACGAUAGUAACUGCCCAGACGGGGUCGGAUGUUCACCAACUGGACGCCCACGCACAAACGAGGGUAGCGGAGGACAUCAGCGUGUAUCCAGGCUACACGCCUAAUGCGUCGCCCGGCUACGACACGGUGACCACCGAUCUCGCUGUCAUUAAGGUGCGAAAGCCGUUCGUGUUCAACGAGCUGUGCCAGCCGAUAUCGUUGCGUACGACCCGGGUUCCGGAGAGGGAAGCUCUAACGUGCCUGGCGCCCGGCUGGACCUUCGUCGACUCCGCCAGUCAGCCCUUCUUCGGGCACCACCUGGCUCGCAUGAAGCUCACCGUCGGACUCGGCAAUACCUGUCCUUGCUUGAACUGGGUUCACCCGGAGGGUUUGAUGUGCUCGAUGCAGGACACGGCGUACUCGCUUUGCGACGAGGACAUGGGCGGGCCGCUGGUGUGCAGCGGGAAGCUGGUGGCGCUGGCCCACGGCCUGGCCAGCAGCAACUGCUCCGAGACCCCGGUCCCGAUGAACGAGGGCCAGUGCGGGCGCCAACGCAAGCUCACCGUCUACGUCUACCUGUGCCCCUACCUCGGCUGGCUCGCCGGCUACGUCCCCGAGCUCCAGGAGCUCGAUGACCUCCCCUGCGGCGACCCCCUCGAGGACACCGCCCCCCUUCAUACCGCACACGCCCUCGUAUUGCCGCUAAUCGUUUGGGCCCUUCUCAAACUCAACUGAGCUGUCACUGAGACGCACGGAAAAAAGAGUAUCACAAUUAGGGAUGGUCGAAUAUUUAGAUAUUCGAAUCAUCGGUACCGAGAUAAUCGCAUCACAUUCGAAUAUUAGCUUCCGAAGUAUUCGAAAUCGCAAAUUCGAAUAAUUCGAAUAUUCGAAUAAUCGCAUUCGAAAGUGUCAAAAGUGUCAUUUUAUCUCUCACGGUUCAUAAAAAAUCAAAAAUCGAAGGAAUAAUCGAAAAUAUUCGAAUAUUCGCAUCCGAACUAUUCGCAAUCGCAAGAUUUGAAUUCUCAAAUAUUCGCAAUAAUCGCAUUCGAAAAGUUUCGAAUAUUCGAAUAUUCGCAUUCGAAUUCGAUAUUCGUCCAUCCCUAAUCACAAUCCCAACUAUUGACUUUAGCGCCAGAUAUUAGAGUAGUUGCAAGAGCCAGAAGUAUGGAUAAGUCAGCUGAGAGUGUGGUUGGAUCAACCAUACCUUUAGCCGGUGCCCUCACAGUCAGCAUAAUUGUGGUUGAAUUAACUAUACCGCUGGCUGGUGCCUUUACACUUCUAGCUAAUGCAACUACUCUUACGGCUGGCGCCAGAAUCCGCUAGAAAUAUAGUUGAGAUAGCGAUACAUUUUUUUGCAGUGCGCCUGAAACUAGUCAAUCGAUGUAACAGACCUGCGGGCUGAUUAUUAAAAUGGAUAGACACAAUUUUAGACAAAGAAGACAUAAGGAAUAUGGAGCAAUCCUUUUGAUUAGAUGGGUGCAUGGUUCUUACAGACUAAGGAGGUAAAUGAUGGACUAGCCAUCGGAUUUCUCGCUAGUCUAUUACCUACAUCAUUUCUUCAUUGUAACCACCCGCUUCCACCAACAGGAUCCCUCCAUAUUCCUCGUGAAUUCCAUGUUUAUAAAUAGCUUUGUCUAUCAAUUUCAAUAAUCGGCCCGCUGCUGUCUGAUUGUUGAAAUUUUGUGUUUGUCGACCGGAUAAGACAAGAUGAAGGAGAGUCAAGUUAUAUGAUUGGUCAGCUUUAUUCUUCGCCCUUAUACAAUUGCCUUUCAGCUUCUCGUUACCUACAUCCUUUACUGGCACGACAAAGAGGACGAAGGAUGAAGCUGACCAAUCGGAUAGCUCUAUUCUCCUGAAUAAUCUUGUCUUCUCCGGUUGACAAACACAGAAUUUUAACGGCCGCUGACCUUCCAAAGUCGAAUACUAUUGUGCCGGCCUCAGUAGGAAUGAAACAUCAUGAUAAUGUCCAAAUGAUCAUAAAAGGUAAAAAAAGAUCUUCAAGGAUCAUCACUACGGUGUUUCCUGAUUGUGUAGUCCGUCCUUGUUUCUAUUUCUGGAAUUCACGGGUCUGAAAAGGCGAGUUCCUCUAUGUACAAUCCGAUGAGACUGUUGUGAUGGUUAUUGAAGUAUUUGUUGAACUUCUGAAGAUCAUUUGAGAAUCAUGAUGAUGUUUCAGGGAAAAAAGAACGUCGUAAACGGAGAGGAAAACCUCGGUUACGAAGUGAUGCGUUACGCAAAGACGCUUUUCAGAGGGUCAAACCCUUUAUCGCAGGAAACCGAAGUCUGAACUGUUUUAUGAACGAGAUGAGAUUUUCGGUUCGUAGAGCUUAACCUCCAGUUCGUGAUGCUGAGUCUUGGUUCAUCGAACUGACGUUCGGUCCUGUAAUCAAAAGGGUUGGUUUGUACUGCAGAAUUUUCAGACCUCUAAGCCGAAGAGUGUCUACUGGACUUGUCCGACCGUAUGGUCGAGGUUUAUUCUCCUUGUAUGAACAUUCAGACGUUGUCAUUGUCAUAGUGAUCAACAAUAAUUUUUUGUUAACAUUUUAAUUUUUGCAUUUGGUUUUUUUUGUUAACUUUACUUGUAAAUUGACCCAGUGUUUCUAAAAAAAAAUUAUAAAAAUAAUCGUAACUUUCCUGAAAUUAAAUAUUUCGUCCGAAAGACUCUGUUCAUAUUCCAGCAUUAGCGUACACAAGAAAAAAAAGUCGCCUAUCAUGACCCACCGAACUCUCUGGUUGCCGAGACUUUACAUCGGUUCAGAUAGGCCGAAUUUUGUGUAGACAUGCUAAAGUACUUUCUUAAAACUCGGAAACUUUGAUCAUUUGAACCUCUGAAAGUAUCGCAAUUGGCUAAUUUUAUCCGACCCCUUUAUUUUGAACAUGGAAGACUGGAACUAUGUUCUGUGUCCUAAGAAGUCUUAUUUUUGGUUCACUUCUUCUUUUAUAAUUCUCCUCUAUUCUCUCGAGCCAAUUGUGUGUACUCAAUUUUGUGAUUUUUUUUUUUUUAAAAAAAUUGAUUUGUUCCUAGUUGAA